AUGACACCUAUACUAGGCCAGCCGCCAAGGGAGCCGCCACGAGCAGCCAUGACAGGCGGCGAGACCCACGAGGGAAAAGGGGACCUGGCGAAGCCCUUGGCCGCGCCCUUGGCAGCAGAGGACAGGGGCAGUAGCAGCAGGUACCAGCAGCAACGUGCUCCCGGAAAGCGCUUUGCCGACGUUUCCAUCACGGUUCACACAGAGAGCCCCCCGCCCCCCCGCCUCAUGCUAUUUUAUGUGGAGAGCCAUGACAGUUUCAGAAUACAAAAAUAUGGGCAAGGAUCUAAAUUAGAGCACAGGCUUUAUUAUUAUGUUACAGGGCGAUAUGGUCACACCUGUCGACUGAAGGAUAUAACCCCUCGCCCUAACCUCAUCGUGACCUGUGAUAUAAUUGAAGUCUCAACUACGCCUCCAAAUGUAUAUGAACUGAGGUCUGAGCCUGUGUCAUUCUUAUUGUGGGGCCCAAUUGUGAGUACCAAUCUGCUGAUUCAUGCGUGGAAUCAAGGCCUCGGAGACUAUGGCAUGUCACGGGUCUGCGGGUCUGAGUGCCCGUGGUGGCAGCGUGCCGUGUGGGCCCUGGCACUCCUGGUCUGCACCGCCCUCACCGCCGUGCAGAUCUGGGACAGACUCACAUACUACCUCCUGGUGCCGGUGACCGUCAACGUGCGCGUCACGAGGAACCAGUCGCUCAGGGUAGGGGGGGCCCAGACGGCCUGGAGUAGGGCUCUGCUGCUCUCUGUCUGGUUGGCGUCUUGGUGCCCUGGUAACCGCUUCAACAUGACCGCCGUCAGAGCCCUCCAGGAGCGCCGUGGAAACGCGAGCGCGAGGGAAUCCUGGGGAAUUCCCGACCUCGUGGGGACGGCUGGAAUGUCGGCCAGGGAUGUGUGGGAAUUCACCAGCCAUGACCAGAGCCGCAUGUGUCCAAAAAAUUACAAAAAACGUAAAGCACAAGACACCAUUGUGGCAAAAUGCUGGUUUACCCGCGGGCGCACCUGCGAAGAGGUUGGCUCCUGGACGACGGUAUACACGGUGCUCGGUGUCUGUAACCAGUUCACUUUGCGUGAGCCCGUCGCCAUCUCCGGCAUCUUCAACAACAUGUACUUACUCCUGCACGACCAGGAAUCCGAAUCCUACGAGAACGACCGAGGCUUCAAGAUCCUUAUCCACGACCCGCGAGACGACCCCGUGAUUGACCUGAGGACCCACGGGACGACCCUGAUGGAGGGCUGGGUGAAGGACGUUCGCGUGGCCGUCAGGGAGUUUAAAACGAUCCCGACGAAUCGACGCCCGUGCAUAGCCACGCCCACUUACUCUUCGUCUCAGUGCAUCUCCAUGUGCUUCCUCCGCACACUCUACGACGAGACCAAGUGUCUUAUGCCCUACAUGAGCGCGUCCGUGGCCCCGACCGGCGAGCCCUGCAGAACCCCAGAGCAGUACCGCCUGGCCAUUGAGAAAGAGCAGGACCUCCUCUUCUACGGCGGAUGGUCGCAUGUCAAGUGCAACUGUCUCAAACAGUGCAACGAGGACAUUUACUCGACCUACACGGAGGCUGCGAAGACCUCCGGCAAGUCAGCCAAACUCAGGGUCUUCUUUCAGGACCUGACUUACGACGAAGUGUCCGAAGACAUCGCGUACGGCGCCAUCGCCCUCCUCUGCGACAUCGGCGGCACUCUCGGCCUGCUGUUGGGCGCCUCCGUCCUCACCUUCAUCGAGUUCGUGGAAGUCGUGGGCAUGAAGUUCCUGCCGCAGGGGCCUCGGCUGCAGAUGGGUUGACUUUGUCCUGAACCCGUUCAUUGCGACGAAGGGAGAGAAGGGUUUGAGCGAGAAUGAAUGUCUUGUAUUGUGAAGAGAUUCACUCUCAUUCAUAUUCCUUUUUUCACUUUUUCUUGUUAUUCAUCUGCUGUUUGAAUUGUUAUUAUGUGUUCACGUUUUGUUUUUCUCAGUUUUUUUCUUUUUUUGGAUGAUUUUUAUCAUGUAAGUUAAUAUCGUGAUUUUUAUAUUAUUUAACUUACCACUUUUUGUUAUUUAUCUAUUUUCAUUCGUUGCCAUAACCCAGUAUUUCACUUCAACUUAUGAAUAACAUCAUUUGAUACAAACUACCUUGCUCUUCACGAAAAAAAGUAAUAUGGGAAUUUCGCAAGAAGGAACUCUGUUGAGAGCAAAGAUUAUGUUCCACACUUUGAGAAAAAAAAAUGUGUGUGUGUGGUGUGUGUGUGUGUGUGUGUGUGUGUGUGUGUGUGUGUGUGUGUGUGUGUGUGUGUGUGUGUGUGUGUGUGUGAUUCGCAGUAAGAGUCAGAAAUGUAAAGG